CAAACCAACAACAACAUUUUUUGGCUUUUGGCUGUUAAAAUAAAAUCUUGUAUCGCACAUUGAAUCUUGUCCCUCAGAGUGUCGCAGGCUUAUUAGUGCCUGAAAUUUACCAUUGCCAAAGCUUCAGAACCAUCCAAAUUACUUCAAGUCUCUCCUCUCAUUUGUAACCACUUGCAACUUAUCGUAUUUGCCACAUAAAGUAUUGAUUCUAUCUCUAUCCCCUAAAAACGCAUGCCAUUAGAAGUAUAGUGAUUACUGGUACAUAAGUUUUCUCAGACUUCUUACUCUCUAAGAUGAAGAACUCACUACUCAGGUGUAGAUGUUUGAAAUUUGCAAAAGUGCCUCAUCUUUCUUUCAGCCAGUCAAGUCAAAAUAUUCUGAAUUCAGGGCCCUCACUCAUGAUCAAUGAUUCCGGAUCACAAACGGUUAAGAAAAAAAGAGGCAAAACUUCCUCUACAUUCUGUAUUCCUGUUUUGGAUACAAGUUUUAUUCAGGAGCUUUCUAGUGUAGUCGCUGUCAAUCUGCGGCUGGAUUCUAUCAGCUGGUCCAAAUUAUGCAGAAAAGACAAUCUCCUAUCAGACUGGGGCAUUGUCCAUUUACCCCAUGAUAUAAUUAGAAUGGAUCCUAUUAAACUUUUUGAACUGCUCCAGAGUAUUUAUGAAAAACUUCCAACUGCAGAUAUUUACGUCAUGGAACAAAUCAAACAGAGACAGGGCUCCAAAAAUCCUGGCACGAAUGUAGCUUUUAUGAUGAGAUUACAAAUAUUGUCAAUGCUCAUCCCUAUGUUAUCUGCCAGGCGUCCUUCUCCUUUCAGUGAGGAAAAUGAUACCAGCGUCUCCAGGAUAGCACUUCUGAAGCCCUAUCUUGCUAGCAGAUUGUUCAAUCUCUUAGUUGCAGAUGAGCAAAUAGCAGUUGAGCCUAUUGUGAAAGAGAUGUUGAAUAAUGAGCCUUCCAGAACGCACUCUCCUUUGAAAAUUUCGGAUGAUGCUCGCCACUCGUAUCAAGGAGGCAGAUCAGCUUUCGACCGUGAAAACAUGGGUGUUGCUCUCCUCAUGAACGUCACUUUCAUGGAAUUACUUGUCUAUGCAAAUCCUAGCAGUCAUACAAUUUUAUUGAAGAAUUUUGAGGACUUUGUGAGGCGUUAAUGGUUUUGAGGUCAAAAAACACCUAGACUUGAGAAAGCCACUCAAUGAGAAAGCCUGUUUAAGAAUUUUUGGUAUGUGUUCUACUAUUUUGUUACUGUGUCUGAAAAUUACAUAGGUUAGAUGAUCUUUCUACAAUUUUUACCAUUUCUUUUUGUUGAAUUAUUUUUAUGUAUCAAAAAGUAACUGAAGAACUGAAAGAUCAAGUGAUCAUAACAACAUAUUAAUCCUGCAAGUCAUUUUCUUACAUUUUGUUGAUGGUAGGAUGAGUGCAAUGCCCUCUUUUAUCGAAUUUUCCUUAUAUUUAUUCACUUUAAUGAAGAGUAUUUGAUGCGUAGGUUUUGUUAAUGAUAAAAAAAAUCAAAUUUAAGAAAUUUUAGUUUUCAAUGGGGGGGGGGGGUGGAAUAGGGCAUAGAUACUCCCAUGAGAUCGCGAAAGACGUAAGUAUCAAACAUAUCUCCAUUUCCUCAUUUUGACGUGCAGGAAAAGAAUUUUGCUGACGUCAACCCUAAAUAAGUGUUGAUGCCCCAAAUCCAAGAUGGCAGCCAAAAUAUCUAUGCUGACUUAUAGUUUUUCAAUAAUUGGCCCAUAAGAGACAAGGAGUCCAAAGUCUGCUGGUCCUUUACAUGCCUGUAUUUGUAUAAGGAAUAUGUACCUGAUCUAAGUUCUCAAGGGGUUGUUCCCACUAUGAACUGGAACUUUUGAAGGAGCUUUUUGUGUCGAAAUACAAUCAUUGCAAGAA